AUGUUUACAAUGAGAAAAGUUAUACCAAUGAGCUGGUUGAACCAGAUAUUGUUGAUUUUAAGUAUAUCAUGCGUAUUGUUGUCUAUAAUUAUACAAGAAUGGGCUAGUCUUACACCAUUACAAAUAUAUAUUUUUAUUUCAUGGGCUAUUUUUAUCAUAGUAAUAUCAGUAUGGCUCAGUUGUUUUUUAUUUCAAUUUGCAAUAAAAGCAAAUAAUCCACUUAAUAUACAAUUUCUUAAUAACUGGUUAUAUCAGAAGUUAGUAAAUAAUCUAAACUUAUACGAUUCAGAAAAAAAGGGUAAAUAUAAUAAUAAACAUGAAAAUAAGACAAAAAUAAAUACAGGCACAAAUUCCAUGCAAAUGUCUAAUAAAAAGAAAAGAGAGAAAAAGUCAGUUACAUCAAAUGUAAAGGAUAUUUCUUUAAGAAGAAGGAAAGCAGUAGAAAUAAAUAAUUUAGUACAAGAAAUAAACUUGAAAUAUGUAAACGCUUGGUAUACAUCAAUCAGCCAUGAUAAAUUAUUCCCUCAUGAAGCACAAGAGUUACUAAAAAAAUUACUGACCAAACUGUUUUCUAGAUUCAGUUUAAUAGACAAAGUAAAACUUACUCAUAAGAUGUCUCAUGUGUUCUUAUUACAUUUAAAAGAAUAUCACAGAGCAUUACGCCGGGUAGAGAAAGGAACUGCACCAAAUAUAGAAGAAGCAUUCAAGUGUUUACAUCCUGGUUCUUGUAAUAUACCAGCAUUAGCACAUAUGCUUCAUCGAAUUGUUACUAUCCUAGCACAAGAAUUUCUACAAUGGGAGUUAACAAGUUCAUUACCAUGCAAACUAUUAUUAUCUAUCUUAGCAAAAAGAUUAUUAACAAUUAUUGAAACAAUAAGUUGUCCAAAUUGGCUAUUUCAUAAUUUAUUAGAUUUGCUGCAACCUCUACCAAAAAAUGUUGCAGAACUUCAAAGUAAACAGGAAGAAAAUGUAUCACAUGUAAAAAAAUUUAUAUCUAAUGCUCUGGGGGAUGGUAUAACAUCUGCAACAGCAGCUGUGAUUCCAUGUCCACUAUCUAAACCAAAACCUGGAUCAUCUAUAAAAUCUUCAACUGAAGAUAAAAAUACCUCAUUAUCUAUAAAUGAUAAGAAACCUAUCUUAUGUUUAAAUAAUUUAACUACAGAACAUAGAGGUCUUUGGGGUCAAAGUAUGACAGAGAUAGAUUCAGAAGUUGAAGAGGAUAAAAUAUCUCCAAUAUAUGAAGAACCUACAGAUUUCGCUACAACAAUUGCUAGACUUAGAACUGUAUUGCAACAAAAGUCAACUGUAAAUACACCUUUACAUGUGGAGGAAAAAUCUUAUGUAAUAUACGAAGGUAGUCAAUUUACAAAUUUGUCUAUUCCUUGGACAGAGUUUCAUACAGCUCUUGAUGGCUCACAACAAUUACUUUAUUGCAUUCAAUUUGAUGAUGUGGAACAACGUGGAGUUGAUUUAUUUGAAACUACAACUGCUACUGUUAGAAGACAAUAUCGCGAUUUUGCACAGUUACAUGCUAGUCUACAAGAGAUCCCAGAAUUAGCGUCUAUUAUGUUAAACUUGGUGUUACCAGAAGGUGGUCGUGUUGAAUUAGAGAAUUAUUUAAAAACCUUAACUACGCGUUUAGCUAAUGAAUGUCCAUCGCAAUUACGACAUUUCUUACGCCCAAAUAGUAAUACUAAUAAAAAGGCAGAUGUAAUCGCACCACGAUUUGACAAAUUUUUGGUUAAAACAGUAAGUGGUGUUUUUAACACCUUAAGAACAGUUGUUCCAGGUUUCGAAAUUGAACAAGAAGAAGAAAAUGUUCCAUUACCUACAUUAAUGCCUUUAGCUGAUAUACCAUGGAGGUUUGUCGAGGACAUUAAAUCGAAAAGUUUAGCAGCUAAACUUCAACAUUUAAUAGCUGAAAGAAUAGAAUAUUCUUCUGUGGAUACGGCUUAUGAAGCUGUUGAUUCAAUGGAGAGUACCAAUGAUUCUGCACUGUUAACUCAUUGGUGGGAAACUGUAAAGAGUUCUUAUGAAGAAGAUGAUGAUUUGGAUUCACAUCUAAUAUUAACAAGUGUUGGUGUAGACAUUAUCUGUGAAUUAUUAGCAGGAAUUGGAAGUAAUAAUACCUUACAACAAGAGGCAGUUGUUAGAUGGAUGAAGUUACUCUUUGGAAAUGUUACUGAACCUAUAUUACAUAUUGCUGCUUUACGAAUUUUUGACCAUUUGGGUAAUAAGUCACUUUUUCACAAUGUACAAAACGAACUUUCCAAAGAACCACUGUCACAAUUGAAAGAAAGACUGUUGCAAGAACUAUUACUUAAAAUUCCAAAUGAUGUAAAAUUAAUAUUUGGUGAGGAUGAUACGUUAAACAUUCUGAAGUAUCUACUUGAUUCUUAUGAAGUAAAAAAAAUCAACAUAGACUUAAAUCUCCAGAUAUUAGAUGUUUUAGCAUCGCAACUGUUAAUUUCAUGUAGAUUAAGUCAUAAUAAUACAGUUCUUUUAUAA